AUGUCUGCAUCCAUAUAUACACUCCUAAGCAUUUAUUCUAAAAUAUUGGCAUUUAAUAUCAUUUUUGAAGAUCUUCCAUUAUUAGAAACUCACUUUACUCCUAAUAAUCUUAAAACAACUGAAUCAAAUUCAAAAUUGUACUAGUUAUUAAGUCAUAUUGAAAUCGAAUAAGAAAGUUUUGCUAAUGCAUUUAAAUGCACAAUUAUUCUUGAUCAAUCCAUUCAUAUAAUCAUGUAUGAUUAUGGCCUAAUUUUAACAGCAUUUAGAAAUCAAGGAUGA